UCAUCGAUUGCUGCAUACCAAUAACUUUGAUUUGCUUUGGUUUUCCGAAUUAACCCGAAUAAAAUAACACCUAGUCUAGUCUCUUUGGUUCGCGGAAAACCCAUAGCCAACAUGCCCAUAUACGAGAGCGUUAUGCAGGAGAAGCCGCCCAUCGUCCUGGACAUCGGCACCGCCUACACAAAGCUAGGAUUCGCGGCAGAGGCAUAUCCGCGGAAGAUAAUGCCCACGGAGGUGGUGAUGACCGCGACGGGGACCAGGAAGCGACUGUUCGACUACGGCAGCCCAGAGGAACUCUACGACCAGCUGGUGGACUUCCUGCAAACGAUCUUCUUCAAGCAUCUGCUGGUCAGCCCCAAGGAGCGCAAGUUCGUGCUGGUGGAGAACGUAUUCGGACCCACUGUCCUACGGGAGACCCUGGCCCGUGUGCUCUUUGUCCACUUCGAUGUCUCCUCAGUUAUGUUCGUCCCCGUCCACCUCAUCGCACUAUCCACGCUGGCCGUGCCCACCGCACUGGUGGUGGACAUCGGCUACAGCGAGACAACCAUUAUGCCCGUCUUCAGCGGCGUGCAGAUCAUGGCCGCCUUCAAGGAUCAGAGCUACGGCGGCAGGACCAUCCAUGCGGAGAUCAAGCGCCAGCUGGUGGAGUCGGGUGUCAAGGAGAGUCUGCUGACGGAGAGCGUGCUGGAGGACAUCAAGGUGCGAACAUGCUUUGUGACAACCAUGGAAAGAGCCCAGGCCCGGGCAAAUGGUGGUCAGGAUAAGCCGACUCCCGCGCCAGCCGUGGACUACAUUGUCAGCGACAACGAUGCGAUCAUCCAGGUGCCCGGCCUGCUACGUGAGACCGUGUACGAGGUCAUGUUCGAGCUAAGCAAUGAGCGGGACAGCCUUCCACACCUCAUCCUGCGCUCCAUUCUCGACUGCACACUUGACGUAAGACGCGCCCUGGUUGAAAGUGUGUUCUUGGUGGGUGGCGGCUCAAUGGUCCAGGGUCUGCUGGCCCGACUCCGCCAGGAACUGCAACAUCUGCUCGCCGAGGAUCCGUUCUACGCUGAGCGCUUUCACGGCGAGCUGCAGUUCAAGUUCUUCAAUUCCAUUGGCAAGCAGAACUUCACCGCCUGGCUGGGCGGCGCCUUGUGCGGGGCCACGGACCUCAUUCAGACGCGAUCGCUGGUCAAGGAGACGUAUCUGAAGAGCGAGCACGUCCCUGACUGGAGCAAUCUUUGCGACAACAGGCCGACGGGAUCGUAAUGAAAACAAAAGAGAGAGAAAAGGGAGAUGCAUGCUGCAGCACUUCGCUUAUUCAUAUUAAUUUUCUCAUGAUUCUGUUGUAUUAUAUAGGUUUAAAGUUGACUGCAAGUAAAAAGUUUAAAAGAAAUAGGAA